AUGGCUUCCACUAUUCCUCUUUUCGUCGCCAUCUACGAUAAUCCUGGCAUUAUGCACUGGAGCCUCUACCUUGAAGCCGAUAACGAUGACGACAAGACGAUCAUUCACGUCCUCGGUGCACGUCAGAAGUAUUUCCCUAAUAUAAGGACACCGUCGGACGCCCGCAAUUCGAGUUCCCUUAUCGAGCUUCUGUACCUUUGUCAAAUUGAUGCGAGCAAAAUCGAGAUCAUCAAAAACAUCGCAUAUGAUACCCCCAUCCACAAUGAGAUGGCAGAUUGGAGCUGCCAGGAUUAUGUACUCGAUAUCUUGGAAAGGCUUGAGGAUGCAUUCAUGAUUGAUGCAACGGACAACGAUUACAUCAUAAAAAGGGAGGCGGUCGCUGCGAAACGCGAGUCAUGGGCGUGA